AUGGUGCCUUCGCAAACGUCCCAAUUGUCACACCUGACAAAACUCCACGGCGUCCACGACAGCGACCGCUACCAAUACCACACCCCGACCGCAGACUCCCAAGUCUCGCCGCCUAAGCCAAUCACCACACCCAUUAUCACUGCCACAUCCCCUGUGACGACGGCAACGACAACGACGACCACCAAGACAACCGGCGUGCAAAUUCCUGACAUCAACCACCGUUUCCAUGAUAUCUGCCGCAUCCUGUGUGAUGCGGCGACGACGACCGUCCCUCCCGCACCUCCCACCGGUGAUAACACUCACAAAACUCCGUCAGCCACCACCCCAUCGCCACCGCCACCAGCAUCUCUGCCACCAGUAAUGUGGGCUUGA